CCUUUCGGCUCCCGCCCCGCUCCGCCAUCAUGAAGUCCUGAACAAAAACGGAUGAGAGCAAAAUGGGGAUAACACGAACUGGAGAUGAAAUCCGCCGACAACACUAAUGUAAUGACAGUACAAAGUGGAGCUCGGAGCGGACCCGUGGGAAUUAAAGAAUCAGUUUCCCAUUGAAAACGUCCCAGGCAGCUCUUGGCGUUACGUUAUUUAGUUAGCGGUGCUGCUAGCAGCAGCUAGAGCUAGCCUCUGAUUUUCUUAGCUGGCUGGCCAGUUCAUCUGGCAGCCGUCAGUCAGCUUGCUGUCACUUUAAUUAACUGGCACUUUACUCAUGUCAAGCCGUGCAGACGUGCUAGCUGUACAAUUGACUGGGAGCAUCAAGAUGGAGAGGGGUUUGAGUAAAAACAUCGACAGACCGAAUGUGGUUUGUUCGUGUUGAAUAGACACCAGUGCCGAGGAAAGGGGAGUGAGAACAAUAUUUUCUACCCAGGCCGGUUAGCUAGCUCUUGAGCUAGCUACAGUGGAUCCCAAAAGCCACGAAGCCGAAAACAGCACAUACUGUAUCCGGUGAAGAAAUGGCGCUGGCCAUGCCGGCGAGUGUCCGGGCCGGGAGCCUGAAGGACCCGGAGGUGGCUGAGCUGUUCUUCAGGGACGACCCUGAGAAGCUCUUCACGGACCUGAGGGAGAUCGGCCACGGGAGCUUCGGAGCAGUCUACUUCGCCCAUGACAUCCGCACAAAUGAGGUGGUGGCCAUCAAGAAGAUGUCCUAUGGUGGCAAACAGUCCAAUGAGAAAUGGCAGGACAUCAUCAAGGAAGUGAAGUUCCUCCAGAAACUGCGCCACCCCAACACUGUUGAGUACCAUGGCUGCUACCUGAGAGAGCACACAGCAUGGCUGGUGAUGGAGUACUGCCUGGGCUCAGCUUCUGACCUCUUGGAAGUCCACAAGAAACCCCUCCAGGAAGUGGAAAUAGCUGCCAUAACCCAUGGUGCACUGCAGGGAUUGGUGUAUCUUCACUCUCACAACAUGAUUCACAGGGAUGUGAAGGCCGGGAACAUCUUGCUAACGGAGCCGGGCCAGGUCAAACUGGGAGACUUUGGCUCCGCCUCCAUCGUUGCCCCGGCCAACUCCUUCGUGGGAACACCUUACUGGAUGGCCCCUGAGGUGAUCCUGGCCAUGGACGAGGGUCAGUACGACGGGAAGGUGGAUGUGUGGUCACUUGGCAUUACCUGCAUAGAGCUGGCGGAAAGGAAGCCUCCUCUGUUCAACAUGAAUGCGAUGAGUGCCUUAUACCACAUCGCCCAGAAUGAGAGCCCCGUGUUGCAGUCUAAUCACUGGUCGGAUUAUUUCCGCAAUUUUGUGGACUCCUGUUUGCAGAAGAUCGCCCAGGACAGACCUACCUCUGAUGUGCUGCUCAAGCACCAUUUCCUCUGCAGAGAGCGUCCCGUGACGGCUGUGAUGGACCUGAUCGCCCGCACCAAGGAUGCUGUCCGCGAGCUGGACAACCUGCAGUACCGGAAGAUGAAGAAAAUCCUCUUCCAUGAGGCACUCAACGGACCCCAACCAGAAGGAGGAGAUGAGGAAGAGGAUGUGGAGCAGUAUAUGCUGCGCACCGGCACAGUCAACAGCAUGGAGAGCUCCCACUCUCUGCCGUCCAUGUCCAUCAGCGCCAGCUCCCAGAGCAGCUCGGUCAACAGCCUGGCAGACGGCUCCGACGACAGCGGGGAGAUGGCCAUGAUGCAGGAGGGAGAGCACACCGUCACCUCCAACAGCUCCGUCCUGCACAAGCCCCUGAGCCACGACAACAUCUACGAUGAUCCCUAUCAGCCAGAGAUUGACCCACUUCGAGAAGCUCCGUCUGCUGGUGGCGGCGCCGGAGAAAGAGAAAGAGGAGGCGGCGGCGGAGGGAGGCGUCGUCGCAACAGAGACCAUUUUGCCACCAUCAGGACGGCGUCGCUCGUCACGCGUCAGAUCCAGGAACAUGAGCAGGGCUCGGCCCUGAGAGAGCAGAUGUCUGGGUACAAGCGGAUGCGGCGGCAGCACCAGAAGCAGCUGAUGGGCCUGGAGAACAAGCUGAAGGCAGAGAUGGACGAGCACCAGCUGAGACUGGACAAAGAGCUGGAGAAUCAGAGGAACAGCUUCUCAAUGGAGGGAGAAAAGCUGUCCAAGAAGCACAUGGCUAUCCUGGAGAAGGAGACAAAGGCCGUCCUCACUGAAGAGAAGAAGUUCCAGCAGCACAUACUGGGCCAGCAAAAGAAGGAGUUGACUGGUCUGUUGGAGUCCCAGAAGCGGCAGUAUCGACAACGCAAGGAGCAGCUCAAAGAGGAACUGAACGAGAACCAGUCGACACCAAAGCGAGAGAAGCAAGAGUGGUUGGUGCAUCAGAAGGAGUGUCUGCAGCAGCUGCAGGCGGAGGAAGAGGCAGGCCUGCUGCGUCGGCAGAGGCAGUACUAUGAGCUCCAGUGUCGUCAGUACAAGAGGAAGAUGCUGCUGGCACGCCACAACCUGGAGCAGGACCUGCUCCGAGAGGAGCUGAACAAGAAGCAGACUCUGAAGGACUUGGAUUGUGCGAUGCUCCUCCGUCACCACGAGUCCACCCAGGAGCUGGAGUUCCGUCAGCUGGGUUUGGUGCAGCGUACGAGGGCCGACCUGAUCCGCACGCAGCACCAGACGGAGCUCACCAACCAGAUGGAGUAUAACAAGAGGCGUGAGCAGGAGCUGCGUCAGAAACACGCCGUGGAGGUCCGCCAGCAGCCCAAGAGCCUCAAAUCCAAAGAGCUACAGAUUAAGCGUCAGUUCCAGGACACCUGUAAGAUCCAGACCCGUCAGUACAAGGCCCUGCGCAACCACCUGCUGGAGAACACGCCCAAGUCGGACCACAAGGCCGUGCUGAAGCGGCUGAAGGACGAGCAGACGCGUAAGCUGGCCAUCCUGGCCGAGCAGUAUGACCACUCCAUCAAUGAUAUGCUGUCCACACAGGCUCUGCGAUUGGAUGAGACCCAGGAAGCGGAGUACAAGGUGCUGCGCAUGCAGCUGCAGCAGGAGCUGGAGCUGCUUAACGCCUACCAGAGCAAGAUCAAGAUCCACACCGACACGCAGCACGAUAGGGAGGUCAAGGACCUGGAGCAGAGGGUGUCCAUCCGUCGCGCCCUGCUGGAGCAGAGGAUCGAGGAAGAGAUGCUGUCCCUGCAGAACGAGCGCUCAGAACGCAUCCGCACCCUCCUGGAGCGUCAGGCCAGCGAGAUCGAGUCCUUCGACUCGGAGAGCUUGCGCCUGGGCUUCAGCAACAUGGCACUGACGGGCAUACCCAGUGAGGCCUACCCCAUGCAGGGUUACCCCAACGUCCCGCCCCCCAACACCCGCUCUGCCGGCCACUGGAGCCACGGCAUGCACCCGCCGAACGUGCCCCCGCAGCAGCACUCCCGCCGAAGCCACAACAGCAGCAGCAGCAGUGGCAUCGGUAGCGGCAGCGGCAGCGGCAGCGGCGCGGGGGACCGCCGGAGCGAGUCCUCCUCUUCCUCCCACGCCCUGGGAUUGGCCCUUGGGCUGGGGCGAGACGGGAGGGAGGUGCACCACUCCUCCCGCUCCUCCGCCUCCUCUUCCUCCUCCUCCUCCUCUUCUUCCUCCCAUCACCAGCGCCACCACCUGCCCCAGCACUACCACCAUCAGAGCACGCCGCAGCUUUACCGUGAGCGGGAGCGAGAUCGAGAGAGGGAGCGGGAGAAGGAGAGGGAGCGGGAGUGGGCUGGAGUGCGGGGCUCCGGCGGCGACCUGGCCCACCCACACCCCCUGCCCUUCUCCCAUCACCUGCCCUCACGCUCCUCCUCUCAGUCCCUUGCCAUGCUACCUCCCCCGCCGCCCGCCCCUCCCACCAUCUCCGGCCCUUCGUCCUCUUCCUCUUCAUCCUCCUCCUCGCAGGGAGGGAUCUACUCCGGCGGCGGGCUGGGUGUGCGCGGUGCCCCGAGCUUGAUGGCCCUGAGGAACAGCCCCCAACCUCUGAGGAGGACGGCGUCCGGCGGGGGGCCUGGAGGGGCCGGGGGCAGCGACGGCGUCCUGAGCCGAAGCACCUCGGUCACUUCUCACAUCUCUAACGGCUCCCACCUCUCCUACUCUUAGACGGCAGGGUGGGAGGGAUUUAGGAAGGUAGCUAUCACAGGCUGCAUCUCAAUACUCUCAGCUUGCCAACUUGCUUCGACUGAUCUCUCCUCAGAAUAGCUCAAAUGCAGAGGAUUUAGGGAUAUCACCCGUUCCUCUUAACGCACAGUAAGGCACAGAGAUCAGUCCGAGGCAAAGGGAGGACAAACUGACAUUAUUGAGCUGCACCCUGCUCCUUUUAGACUCAGGGUGGGUAGAGAGCUUUUCUCCCAUUCUCACAGGUAUAAAAGAGGGAGGGAGGAAUGUAACCACCUGUAAUACCACUGGAUUAAGGUGAUAUUAUAUUUAAAAAAAAAGAAGGAGGUUGGUGUUUAAUGUUUUUAUCUUGCCUGUAUAAAAGUGAGACAGGACGUGUGAAAGAAGGGACAUUUUACCCUUUUGUUUCUCCCAGAGCUGCAGAGAAAGUUGGACGGCAGCCAUGUUUUCUUCUAUGAUGUUCUAUGCUGGAAUGGAGAAAGAGAGAGGACAGGGGGGAGGAAAAGGUGUUUUUUUGCAUUGUGUAUGUACUUGUAUGUAGUCUGUAGUGUCCAGAUAUAUCUAGCAAGCACUCGUAACUGCAGCUCCAGAAAGGAAAAAGGGGGGGGGGGGGG